GCUGCGGAAUGUUUGCGUGAGGUUCACAUGUAGCGGAGAACGAGCGGUGCGCUUUGCGGGAUUUGACUGGAGGCUUAUAUAAGAGGAGCCGUCAUGUAUGCGGGACGCAAGAGGAGAAAACCGGUGCAGAGAGCGGUGAAGCAGCCGCCGGCCGAAGGGGCCAAGUCCAACCCGUCCAAACGGCACCGGGACCGGCUGAACGGGGAGCUGGAGCGCCUGGCCAGCCUGCUGCCGUUCCCCGAGGAGGUGACCACCAGCCUGGACAAGCUGUCCAUCCUGAGGCUCAGCGUCAGCUACCUGAGGGCCAAGAACUUCUUCUCCGUCACCCUGAACAAUCGAAAUGGAAAGUCCCCACACCCCGUGAACGACGACCACAGCAAAGCAGGACCAGCGAACAGCAGGAUCCCCGAGGGCGAACUGCUGCUGCAGGCCCUCAACGGCUUCGUCCUGGUGAUCACUGCCAGCGGGACCAUCUUCUACUCCUCCCACACCAUCCAGGACUACUUGGGCUUCCAUCAGACGGACGUCAUGCACCAGAGCGUGUACGAGCUGGUGCACACGGAGGACCAGCAGGAGCUGCGGAAGAACCUGCACUGGGCCCUCAACCCCCCCAACGCCGCCCCCACCACUGCCGGCGCCUCCGCCUCCCAGGACUCGCCCCCAGAGAUGGAGCCUGACAGCAGCUCGUCUCUGGUCACCUACAGCCCCGAACACCUCCCCCCGGAGAACUCCUCCUUCUUGGAAAGGAGCUUCAUGUGCCGCUUCCGCUGCCUCCUGGACAACUCCUCCGGGUUCCUGGCUCUGAACAUCCAGGGUCGCCUGAAGUUUCUGCACGGACAGAACCAGAGGCAGGAGAAUGGAGGGAAGGCCCCCCCGCAGCUUGCCCUGUUCGCCAUCGCCACGCCUCUGCAGCCGCCGUCCAUCCUGGAGAUCCGGACCAAGAACAUGAUCUUCAGGACCAAACACAAGCUGGACUUCACUCCGCUGGCCUGCGAUGCAAAGGGGAAGAUCGUCCUGGGCUACACAGAGGCCGAGCUGCGGGUCCGAGGCUCCGGGUAUCAGUUCAUCCACGCAGCGGACAUGUUGUACUGCGCAGAGAACCACGUCAGAAUGAUGAAGACUGGAGAGAGCGGUCUGACCGUGUUCAGGCUCCUCACCAAGGAGAACCGCUGGAAAUGGGUCCAGGCCAAUGCCCGGCUGGUUUACAAGAACGGAAAACCCGACUACAUCAUCGCCACCCAGAGGCCGCUGCUAGAUGAAGAAGGGGGGGAACACCUGCGUAAACGCUCCAUGCACCUGCCCUUCACGUACGCCACCGGGGAGGCGCUGCUCUACCAGUCCAACCACCCCAUCGCCGGCUUCAGGGACGCGGCACACGAGAAGAACGGCAGCAAAUCGAAGAAGAACCGGACCGACAGGCUAGUGCGGGACGGCCUGGACCCCGGCUCCCUGCUGGGGGCGCUCAUGAGUCAGGACGAGUCGGUGUACGUCUGCCAGCCAGCCGUGGAGCCCAAGGUGUCGUUCCACAGCGGCUUCUUUGGGGAGCAGGUGGAGCUUUCCGACUCACAGUCCUCCGGCCUGCGCGGGAGCUGGGACCGGCCGGCUAAUGGGGCGAUGGUGGGUCCUGGUGUCACCGAGUCCAGCGGCAGCUUCGACCCACUGCUGGCGACCCUGGAUUCCCUCUCCCUGGAGGGCCAGGGGGUUGUGGACGUGGACGACGGCGGCUGUUCCAACGGGGAGCUCUUCGGCGCUCUAGAGGGACUCGGACUGAGCGCCGAGGACCUGGAGCUGCUGCUCCUCGACGAGCGGAUGAUCAGAGUGGAGAUGGACCCCGAACGAGUUCCCACGCUGGACGACCUGCUGACAAACGACGAGAUCCUGUCGUACAUCUACGACUCCAUAGAGGGAAAGACCAACUCCACAGAGCUCGGAGGACCGGCGCUUCCGGGUCCAGGCUCCGGCCCCUCCUCCUCCGUCACCCUACCUGACAGCAGCCAUUCGUCCAGCGCUCCAGUGCAGAUGCAGUUUCCUCCCGGUAAGCCUCCCGUGGCGGAACCGGCUCCCAUCGUCCAGCUGUCGCAGCAGAUGCAGCAGCAUCUCAACAUGCGAUCCGGGAAGGCAGCACACACCUGGAGCCAGCAGAGCGACCACCUGGCAAUGGUCAACGGAGAUCUGCUGGAGCAGGACGAGCCAGGUCCAGACAGACGGUGGACCGCUCAGGACAUCCUGACCACCGCAGGGAUACAGCUGGGACACUUCACCCCCCAACAGACUGUGUUCGGUAACAAGACCCUGGAGAUGGACGGCGAGCUUCACCCGCAGCAUCAGCACUUCCUUCAGCAGCAGAGCCAGCUCUCCCAGCAGCAGUGCAUCCCCAAACCGAAGGCCGCCAACCUCAACGGACUGUGCAGCGUCUCCAACGCGGACCUCCAGCCGGAGAGCGCUCAGUGGCAGGACUUUGGGUUCAGCGACAGAUUGGGCGGCGGUCUGGAUAGCAGCCAGAAACCUCUAGCCACCCCCUCACUGGAGUCCUGCAUGGAUUACAGCCUGCCCGGUAUUGACAAUGGAGACUUCACGAUAGGUGGAGGCAGUGGCUUGUUUGGGAGGAGCAGUCAGCAGCAGCAGCAGCUGGGGGUGGAGACCACGGUUACAUCCUUCCAAGGUCUGAACCACAAACAGCAGCAGGACCAGAUCCCGGUGCCCUUAGCGCAGGUCAUCUCCAGCCUGUCGCAGUGCCCGCCCCCCAACACCUCGCUGGACCAGAUCCUGGGGGUCGGCAAGCCCUGCCGGCCGAUGGACCACUACGGCAUGGUGACCUCUGACCUCCCACACAACCCCACCCGCAGCAAGAUGGAGAACGGCUGCAUCCUGAACGGCACCUUCCUGCCGAACGGGAACAGCACGGCGCCCCCUGCUGUUCAGAUGUCCGUCCCCGAGACUUUACCCAGCCUCCCCGACCCUCCGGCCACCGGCUUCUACCUCUGACCGUCCGACUCCGUGAAACGCCAGAGAACACACCGUGACUGGAGCAGCC